UAGCCCCCUUCAGGUACUGGAAGGCCACUAUAAGGUCUCCCUGGAGCCUUCUCUUCUCCAGGCUGAACAACCCCAACUCUCUCAGCCUGUCCUCACAGGAGAGGUGCUUCAGCCCUCUCAUCAUCUUCGUGGCCUCCGCUGGACCUGUUACAACAGGUCCAUGUCCUUGUGCUGAGUUCUGAACAAAUCUGCCAUCAGAGACCAACCAGCACCCUGACUCUUCGUUCGUUUCUAGGUGCCCCUCAUUUGCACAAACGCUUUUUCAGCCCUCAGUGACGUCACCAGUCCCUUUGCAUUCAAAGACCAAAAAAACCACCCCCAAACACACAGACAUUCAGAAGGGAAAGCCAUUUCGCCAUAUCUCCCCCUUGCGCGCCUGCCUGGUAAGCUCACUGCUUUCCUCACAAGUGACGGCCCCUGCCUCCUACUGCUGUCAGCCACGCCGAGCGGUGUCGCCACACAGCGGGCCCUGCGUCCCUCAGCGCUCCGCCGGUGAUCGCUCACCCGGGGGCAGGCGACGCUGGUUCCCCCCGGCGGGGAGGCCGAGGCGGGGGUGCCCUCGCUCCCCUCAGCCACGCGCCCCGCCCCUCCGUGACGCCACCACCAUGCGCAGGUUACGCGCCCCCCUGAUUGGAGGAGCCGCCCCCCGCCCGCUGCCGGCCCGAGCCUCCCCCGGCGGCCAUGGGUGAGGCGGCGCAGCCCCCGCGCCCGGGCAUCGGCGUGGGGGUGGUGGUCACCAGCCCCGCGCACCCCAACUGCGUCCUCCUGGGCAAGAGGAAAGGCCCGGUGGGGGCCGGCACCUACCAGCUCCCCGGAGGCCACCUGGAGUUCGGGGAGAGCCUGGCGGAGUGUGCGGCGCGGGAGACGCUGGAGGAGGCGGGGCUGUGCCUGCGCGACCUGCGCUUCGCCUCCGCCGUAAACGCGUUCUGCGCCGCCGCGCGCUACCACUACGUCACCGUCCUCAUGAAGGGCCAGGCGGAGCCGGGGGCGGAGCCCAGCAACCGCGAGCCCGACAAGAACGAGGGUUGGGAAUGGGUUAAGUGGGAUGAGUUUCCUCCAGCAGAUCAACUGUUCUGGGCCUUACGCUGUUUAAGAGAGCAAGGUUACAAUCCCUUUACGGAAGAGCUCGAUCAUCUCAAGGGGUACACGGGAAGUCACCAACUGGCAUAGAAACUAAUUGCACAUUAUGUAACAAACUAAAGGACAGACCUGCUUUUUUUGGUGUAAAAGAGAAAAGGACAUAUAUCAUGCUCACUCUGUCUGUGUGAAAAUAUUACCUUUCCCAAAGCCAAAAAGAUGCCAAAUGUUUCAGUGCUUUUACCAUGUUGCACACAACAGCUGUCUCUCAUUCCAGAGCUAUUUCUAGCUCUAGUGGUUAAUAACUAAUGUUUUCUUUUAUAGAAAACUCAUAGUGUUUUAUCUGGUUAAUCUUUAUAUAGAGGAAUAUCCCUUUGGAAGUCAGAACUUGUCAGAGAAGCUUACUCACUUGGAAACGGUUGUAGCACCAGGCCCAAGAGAAAGUGAUCCGUUUAAACUGCUGUCCUGCUUUCUGUGUAAAACUACUUUGUAUGUCAUGCUGCUUUCCCGUAGUUACAAAUGUUGGACCGAUUUUUACACUUAGCCUUGUCUCAUAGCUUCAGUUAAGAUACUGUCAUGAACAAAAGUCUCGUUUUACAGACAGUGCCUCGUCCUCCUGCUGACAGUAGUACAUACUUGUAAAUCAGAGUAUUUAUAAACGUGAAAAGGCUGCGGUGGCUUGUUGCAGGGGAUGAAAAUUCCCUGACCCUUCUUGCCUCUGCAGCCUCAGUUACAUUAGAAUUUACCUGCAGGAGUGUUUCAGAUCUCUGCAGUUGAUAUUAAUUUCUGAUCGUGUCACUAAAUUCUUAAUAAUAUAAUGGAGAGGUGCCCACAGUGUUCUGCGAGACUGACACCAAUACUGUUGUACAAACCAAUCUCAUCUGUAGGUGUAGCUCCACAGCAGACAGUCGUACUUCUGGCUAAAGAGGGUUGUCAGUAUUAAACAGCACAGACGCGUGUAAUUCUGUACAGCUACUGGGACUCGACAGAAUUGUUAAUUUUCGGUUUGAUGUGACUAAAUGAUUGAAUUGGUAGUGAAUGAAAUUACAGUAGACAAAGAAGAUAUACACAGAAACAAUGAGUUCAUAUUUUUUAUUUUCCUAGAAUCUGUAACCAAAUUUGAUUCUUUUCCAGCUGUAGUCAUUAGCGCAUCAGCAAUUAAUUUUAGGAUAUGACUUUUAAAAAACUCACUAACUGGGAAUUUUUUUUCUCUUCAGGGUUCUUUUAAAACACUUUUUUUGUCUUUUUCCUUUAGAUAUACCCAUUAUACAAAAUGUUCUGAGAUACCUUUUAUUUCUUUUGAAUAAAACAUAAGCACAAUAUUGAAAGAUUAAAAUUGUCUGAAAUUGUGAAUUGACUUGUCAGUUCUUAAAAGAAACGAGCUUGAAGCAUUCAGAGCUCUUCCAUACUUUGCACUACAUUUUUUUUAAACAGAGACAGCUCUUUUCGCUGAGAAGCAGACUGAGUGAUACGAGGUAUAAAGAUGCUACUGACGAUUGCAAGCCUCUUGCUUAGAAUUUGAAGUAUAAACUAUGCACAACUUCCCUCAGGACAGAUAUUCUUUCUCUGAAGUGAAGAAAGAAGAUAAUGUUAUAAAGCAGUUUUGAAAUGGGAAAUAUCACUGAAAAUUCCUUUACUACUAUAUCUUUGUAGAAAGCUUGUUUUUUCUAUUCAAAAGUGGAGAUUUUCCUGAAAGCAACUUUAUGUACACUGAAAAUUAGUCCGUUCAGCUGUCAACAAAGAGGCUGCAGGAAGAGUUGACAGAUGUCCUGCCCAUCUGUCCCAAAGAAUAAUGGAAAAAAAAAAGUGAUUAAAAUGAUUUAGUGCCAUUUUAAAUUUUCUUUACAUUUCUAAGUCCUGGUGGGAAAGCAGAGGUCACUGUAAAAUGGUUUGUCAUGCAAUAAAUAUUUUGCUAUCAUUAA